CUCUUUCAGGCUGUGGAGGGAGGAGGGGACACAGUAUUGCUGUUAGGGAUGGAUUUGUGUUGAGGCACCGAGGGGGUCCCUGCCUGCACAGGGGAGGCGUGGGGCGUUGACGCCGAGGGUCCCGCCCGCACUGGAGUUCCUGCACAGCCCCCCGGCAUUAGGUCGGGUGGAAGGAGAAGAGCCCAUCUGCAGGAGGGGAGGGGAAAGGAGGGGAGGACAGGGAGACGAAGAGGGGAGGCGUCUGGAUGGUAUUGUGAGGAGCGGAGGAGGAGGAGGCGGCUACGGCGGCGGGAGGAGGAGGAGGAAAAGAGCUCCCUCUUCAGCGCUGAGCGGAAAGUCACAAUGUUUCAAAUUCCUGUUGAAAAUCUUGACAAUAUUAGGAAGGUUCGAAAAAAAGUGAAAGGCAUUCUUGUGGAUAUUGGCCUUGAUAGCUGCAAGGAAUUAUUGAAGGACCUUAAAGAUUAUGAUCCUGGAGAGAAAUAUUUUUACAAUACAUCUUGGGGAGAUGUUUCUCCUUGGGAAUCUUCAGGAAAAAGAAAGAAAUAUCGAACAAAGCCAUACUGUUGCAGCCUGUGCAAAUAUUCAACAAAACUACUUUCUUCAUUGAAAAAUCAUUUGCAUCGCUACCAUGAAGAUGAAAUUGAUCAAGAGUUGGUGGUUCCUUGUUCAAAGUGUGUUUUUGCUUCUCAGCCUAAAGUUGUGGAAAAACACUUUCGGAUGUUUCAUUCUUCUCACCGGAAAAUUCUGAAUUACCCCAUGAAUAUUUUGGGUGAAUCUAAAUCAUCCAGGAGUGAUGUGAUAAACUUCACAUGCUUAAAAUGCCAUUUUACAAACACUUUGUACUACAGCAUGAAGAAACAUGUACUCAUAGCACAUUUUAAUUACUUGAUUACCUCCUACUUUGGCAUGAGAACUGAUGAAAUGCCUGAGCAAGUGAAAAAUGACAGCACUUCACUUGCCAAUAUGAUUCCAUCUUCUGACAAGUACUAUUGUAAAAAAUGUAACAUAGGUGCCAGCAGCCUGGAUGCUUUAAUGUAUCAUAUUUUGACAUCAGAUACCCAUAGAGAUCUGGAAAAUAGGCUCAGAUCUGUAAUUUCAGAACAUAUUAAAAAAACAGGACUUCUUAAGCAAAUGCACAUUGCUCCUAAACUUUCUGCAAAUAUGGCCAUGUCUCCUUUAAAUAGCAGCAAUGCUCCAGCACUAACAGCUGCUGCUUCUACUUGCAUUCAGCUUGCCUUGCCACAAAAUACUCAAAACCAAACUCUGGUACAGUCACAGGCGGUAACUGUGGCCUCAAGUGCCUCUGGGACUCUUACCCAUAGUGCCCCUGCUGCUACCCAAUCACACGUAACUCUUGUAUCUAGCCCUUUGCCAGUGGGCCAGAACAAUAUUGCACUUCAGGCAUCUGUUCCUCAACCUGUUUUUGUUUCUCAUGGCCUCCCACUUAAUCAACCUGUGAGUCCUACAGUUCUUCCCCUAAACCAACCAGUUGGAUCUGUCAAUAAGUCUGUUAGUGCAGGGGUUCUCCCUAUAAACCAAACCAUUCACCCAGGACUUUUGCCCCUCAGUCAGUCUGUUGGAUCUCUAAAUAGACCUGUUGGACCUGGAGUUCUUCCCAUAAAUAGACCCAUUGCACCUAAUGUGCUUCCUGUUAACCAACCUGUUGCAUCAGGUGUCAUCCAAGGAGUUCCACCAAGGAUGAUCUCUAUGGGUAAGACAGUCCCAUCAGGGGUACUCCCUGUAAGCCAGGCAGUCACAUCAGGGGUACUUCCUGUAAGCCAGUCAGUCACAUCAGGGGUGCUCCCUGUGAGCCAGACAGUCACAUCAGGGGUGCUCCCUGUAAGCCAGACAGUCACAUCAGGGGUUCUGCCUAUGGGCCAGACAGUACCAUCAGGGGUUCUGCCCAUGGGCCAGAAGGUAUCAUCAGGGGUACUCCCUGUGAGCCAAGCAGUCCCAUCAGGAGUACUCCCUGUGGGCCAGGCAGUCCCAUCAGGGGUUCUUCAACUCAAUCAGUCUGUUAUGUCAGGAGUUCUUCCAGUUAGCCAGGCAGUGCGACCUGGAGUACUCCAUCUUAAUCAACCAGUUACACCAGGUGUUUUACCUGUAAAUCAGCCAGUCAGACCUAAUGUCUCCCAAAAUGCCACUUUCCUAACUGCAGGCUCUAUCCUUAGACAGCUAAUACCAACAGGGAAACAGGUUAACGGGAUACCUACAUACACCUUAGCACCAGUUUCAGUUACGUUGCCUGUACCACCUGGUGGUGUAGCAAAUGUUACACCACCACAAAUGCCAAUUCAGCUCAUGCAAUCUAGUGCAGCUACCCAGAUAUCUCAUUCCCCAGCUGGUGCACCUUCUCCUCCCAUAGUGGUAAGCACUUCCCAAAAUAUGAUUGUCCCAGCAUCUUCAUCUACUCCAGAAACCAGCCAAGCUGUCAAUCUCAAACAAGCUAAACAAUGGAAAACCUGCCCAGUUUGCAAUGAACUCUUUCCAUCUAAUGUCUAUCAGGUGCACAUGGAAGUGGCUCAUAAACAUAGUGGAUCAAGAUCCAGUGAAAAACUUGAGCCUGAAAAACUUGCAGCAUGUGCACCAUUUUUAAGAUGGAUGAAAGAAAAAAGUCUUCGCUGUAUCUCUUGUAAAUGCUUAAUAUCAGAGGAAGAACUGAUGCAUCAUUUAUUAAUGCAUGGUUUAGGGUGCUUAUUCUGUAAAUAUACUUUCCAUAACAUUAGAAGUCUUUCAGAUCAUAAUAGGACUGUGCACCUUGGAAAGAAGAGAUUAUCUGUGGAUUAUAGCAACAGAGGUUUCCAGGUAGAUAAUGAUGCUAAUGGUGACUUAAUAUUUCCUCAUAUUGAUUUCAUUACCAUGUUGCCAAAGGAAGAACUUGGAGAAAGGGAAGUCUAUUUGGCAAUACUAGCUGGAAUGUACUCCAAGACAGUUGUACCAAUUUAUAUUAAAGUGAGACCACAGACUCUUGAGGAACAUAGCAAUCCUGGAAAACAAGUCAGUACCUGUCCAUUUUGCCUUGGUACUUUUGUAUCCACAGAAAAAUAUGAAAUACAUUUAAAGGAAAGACAUCACGUCAUGCCAACUGUACAUACAUUUUUAAAGUCUCCUGCUUUCAAGUGCAUCCAUUGUUGUGGGGUAUAUACUGGAAAAAUGACAUUAACUGCAAUCACUGUACAUUUGUUACGAUGCAGGAGUGCUCCCAAAGUUAGUAGUUCAGAUCUUCAGAUCCAGCCUGAUCUUAGUGAAAAAGAACUGCCAUUAGUGAAUGGUGAAAUACAUGAUUCUGUUUUUCCUGUCAAGAGAAAACUUCCUGAUCUCUGUUCUGGGGCAGAGGACCAAAGGGAUAAAGAAGAACCUCUUAUCAUAGAUAAUGACGUCACUUCCGUUUCUGAAAAAGCAGUGAAUGUGCCUUCUAAAAAACAAAAGAAUGAAAAUAGGACUGAAGGUCCGCUAAUAAAUGAUGAUGCUCUUCAUAUUCUAGCACUAAAUCCCCAGAAGUAUGAAGACCGUUCAUAUGAGGAGAAAAAACAGUUCCUUAAAGAUUAUUUCCAUAAGAGGCCAUAUCCUAGCAAAAAAGAGAUAGAACUGUUAUCAUCCCUUCUCUGGGUAUGGAAAAUUGAUGUUGCAUCCUUUUUUGGGAAAAGAAGAUAUACCUGCCUAAGAGCAAUAAAAAAUUACAAACCUUCUGUGCUUUUGGGCUUUGAUAUGUCAGAACUGAAAAAUGUUAAGCACAGAUUACACUUUGAGUGUGAAACACAAACCUUAUAAAAGAAAAAGCUAUUUAAGAAAUCACAAAUAAGCAAUCAAAAAACUAGUUUUUAGUAAGUUUUUUGGGGGGAACGGGUGGAGGGCACUUAGAUUUUCUGUUACAGUGUAAUGACCUGAUGAAUUACAAUGGUCUUACACUGCUUCUCUAGAUAUUUCUGGGCACACAAUAUGAAUAGUUGUUUUGUUUUUGUGGAGGUCAUGCUAUUAGUUUUUCCACUUGAAUGUAACUUAUGUUUUAUAUCUGCUUGUUUACCCAGUGGUGUUGAGAUAAUUAGAAACCAAAACCACAUUUUGUUUCGUUCUGGGAUUUUUUGUUUUUUCCAUUUUUGCAUUCAUCCGAGUAGGUAGUUUAUCUUUUAGUGGUGAAUGGUACAGCAAACUUUUUCUUAGACAGGAGUAUAAGUGUUAAAUAAAAAUCCAGUAAUGAAUAUGGCACAGUAAUGGUGUGCUGCAUUAACUUUUGCUAAUUUCUUCUUUGUAAAAUAAUUGCUUGUACUGUGACCUAUUUAUAAUUUUUCAAAUGUGCUUACUUUUACAUUUUAUAGAAAUUAAAAAAUUUUAUUUAUGGAAUAUAUGCCCAGAUCCAAAAUUUGGUGUGUGGUAUUACGAUAAGUUGAUAAAGUUAAAAGCAUCAUUAUUACCAAAAAUGAAGUAAUUUUCUCUAGAUACCAGUAACACAUUUCAGUAUAAAUUUUCCUUUUUUGACAUGUAUUGUUUUCCAUGAAGAGAGGUAAGGCAGUACCUUCUUAGUGCCUUUUACUCAGUGAGAAAUUUGGACUACCUGAAGAGUUUUCCCCGUCCCUUUUAAUUUGCUCAGAAACUGCCCAGAAGGGGACAGGGAGUUGUUUUGUUUUGUUUUGUUUUGUUUUCCAAGAGAAGGAAAUAAGAAUCUAGUAGUUUUACCACUUGGUGGUUACUAAUUAAUAUCCAGGUCAGUGUAAUAGUGACAUGCUGAUUACAUGAAAUUUUCAGUGGAUCUAAUAGAAUUAAAUUAGGCCUAAUGGCCAUUUGUCAGCAAUUAGUAUGUUAAAAUUUAACAGUGACAGAAUUUCCUUAACAUUGGUAAAUAAGAAGGAUACAGCUGUUUGGGUUAGUAUGUCAUUGUACUGAUGUUUAGUUAUGUGAUCUUUCUUCUAUUAUACUUUGACUAUAAAUGGAGAUCUUGGAUAUCACUUGGAAUCUUUUACAAAAUCUAAAAUCAUUUAAAUGAACACAAUCCAGUAACAGAGUAGCCAGUCUAGUCAUUAAGUCUGUUGUAUUGUUUAAAUUCUGGGUUGGGGUUAGGGGGGUGGUAAGGGAGAAAGCAAACAUAUCUUGUUGCUCUUUAUUGAAGGGAUAUAGGGUUUAAAACCCAUAUGAUGGAAAAGUUGGAAUGCUCAAUGGAAAGCUUGGGUCCUAUUAUUCAAUGGAACUUUCUACAUAAUAUUUUUGGGAUAAUACUGCAUGCAACUGUUAAACUGUGUCUUUUGAAGCAAUUGUAUAAUUGGAUUGUGAUUGUCAAUGUACUCUCCUAUUGUAAACUUCAAAGAAAAAGCUUGCUGAACUUUUCCCAUUUAAAAUUUUUUUAUAAAUUGUUUUCAAAAUGUCUAUUUUGAAUUAAAGCUACAUAUUUUCCUAUUGAAAA